GAUGUGGACAUUUGCUCAUUUUCAUCAUAAUUCAUUUCUUUCAUUGCUGCAAGCCCUUCUUCCAUAUGUUAUGGAAACAUCUUUUAAAGCUAAUGGUUAUUCCAUCACAUUUAGUGUUUGUUUACAUAAUGAGAGCUUUCUGCCUAUAAUAGUGAGAGAGACAAAGAGAGACCUUUGAUUCUCCUUUAUUUAACUGUAAAAAUGAGACAUACAGUUCUAGUUAUCCAAAAUAAUCAAAGAGAUAAUCAGUCUGUGACAUUGUAAAAAUGGCUCCAGCAGUAUUAAUGGGUUACAGAAAAUGGGCUCUUCGAGGACCCACUGGCUCGAGACUAUCCCCCAAUCUCAGGAGGUCCACAGGCUCCUCCAAGCCCUUGGCACAGACUUAUGAAAGUCAGUACAGCCAUGAGUGCUCAUGUUGCCAGGCUUCAUAAGAAACCAGUGACGGUCCAGUCUCAUUCCCCCCGUCCUUCUCAACAGACUACAGGCUGGAGCCCUCCAGCAAACCUCGUUAUGAUACAGCGCCCCUUACGUGUCCUUCCUCUCCACAAACCACCCAACAAAGCCUCACUUUAGUCCCAACUGACUUUGGCUGAUGCAGCCCACUCAAAGACUUCCAUGCAGUCUUCCAGGGCCUGUACACCCCCCCCCCCCCGAUCCUGAACCAGCACUGUAAGGUCAUCUGCACAUGCUGUCAAAACUAUGGCCUGUCCGGCCCCAGGAACCAUCACACCCUUCACCCUUGUGCGUAAAAGAUUUAAUAAAGGCUCUAUGGCUGGGGAGUAGAGCUGUCCUGACAAAGGACAGCCCUGUCUUAUGCCCCUCUGCACUUCUACAGGUCUGAGCCCUCCCCCAACCUUAACCAAACAUGAUGCCUGGGAGUACAACAAUUUAACCCAAGAAACAAAACAAUCCCCUAAACCCAAAACCAUUCAACACUUUAGACCAGUAUCUGCGAUUAACCCAGUCAAAUGCCUUACUUAUAGAAUCUAUAGAAAUGAGUCCAAACUCCAGAUCACAUUCCCUUCACAGAUCUAGUGUGCCUUGAAUUAAAAACAGAUUGUCUUGGAUUGAUCACCCAGGGAUACAGUAUGACUGAUCAACGUGUAUUAGACCAGCAAGGUGCUUCUUCUCCCAAAGAGAUCAAUUUCAUGGGGCCGGCAAACUUUCCAAAGUGAGAGAACUGAACUUUUCAGUGGCUUCAUUCUUAAUAAUUGGGGGAACAUUUGAAACUUGUUACCCUCGUAGCUGGUGCUGAAAGUGGAUUUACCUGCACAAAUACCCCUUUAAUCCAGAAACUGCUUGCAAUUAGUUGUGCAACAAAACAACAAACAAAAUUUUUUUCAGAAAAACCACAACCGCCUUGUUCAUUCGUGAUGCCGAAAUAAUAUUUAUCGCCUCCUACCUGCGACGUCUCCACAAAAAACUCCACUAAACUGGUUCAAAAGCACCAAAAAAAUGUUUAAUAUAUACCUCACAAAACAGUCAUAUUAGCUAACCCAGAAUAUUGUUUUAAUAAACUAUACCAAACGAAUUCAGAGAGCCCUCUUCCCUCAGCCACCCUCCACCUCAGAGAGAGCGGGCUAGGGAGGAAGAGAGAGAGAGAGAGGGAGGGAGAGAGAGGCGGGAAUAAGUAGAAGGCAAGAAGGAGAUGUAUGGGCGACACUGAACACAGAUAUUCCAACAAAAAGUUCUCUGCCUGUCCAGCUGGCAAUUGGCCUCAAAAAAAUGGCACCUCCUCCACCACAGAGUUCUCAUGUCGCCCUUUUUUACUAGUCGUAGUUUUUGGAUUACGUCUGGAGAAUACUUUCUGUUGUGUGUUCUGUUGUUUGGGCACAUUGUUGAUCUACGCACUUUGUGGACAGAGCUUUUAUCCACUCGCUGUUUUGGAUUUCCCUCGUUAGAAAUGAGUGACGGGAGGCGAUCCGCCGCCGCGUUGAGCUCGCGAGCGCACGCCUUUUCGGUUGAAGCCCUAAUCGGUACGAACAAAAAGAGGAAACUGCUCGGCUGGGAGGAGAAACGGUUGGAACUGUCCCUAGAAAGCCUCGCGAACAACGGCCAUUUGGGAACCGAGGAGGAUAUGGCGCACUGUCUGGACAUCGACCCAGAUUCUGAGGCGAGCCCGACCUCGGACUGCGAGGGACUGGCGGACGGGACGUCCUGCUCCUUCGGCUCCCCGGCAGACCUGUGUUGCGCCCCCUCGCCUCCCUCCUCUAUGGACGGCAUCCGAAUGGUGCUGCAGUGCGCCGACCUUUGGAAGCGUUUCCAUGACAUCGGCACGGAGAUGAUCAUCACCAAAGCGGGCAGGAGGAUGUUUCCUGCAGUGAGAGUGAAAGUCAUGGGCCUGGACCCCCAUCAGCAGUAUUACAUCGCCAUGGACAUUGUACCUGUGGACAAUAAGAGAUACAGGUAUGUGUAUCACAGCUCUAAAUGGACGGUGGCGGGUAAUGCCGACUCCCCCGCCCCCCCACGCGUGUACCUGCACCCCGACUCACUGGCCUCUGGGGACUCCUGGACCCGGCAGGUGGUCAGCUUCGACAAGCUGAAGCUCACCAACAACGAGCUGGAUGACCAGGGACACAUCAUCCUGCACUCCAUGCAUAAGUACCUUCCCCGCGUGCACGUGAUCAGGAAGGACUGCAGCGGCCAGCUCUCUCCCACUGAACCGGUUCCAGCCGGUCGGGGCGUGUGCUCCUUCACCUUCCCAGAGACCGCCUUCACCACCGUCACCGCCUACCAGAACCAGCAGAUCACACGGCUAAAAAUUGACCGAAACCCGUUUGCCAAAGGUUUCCGAGACUCUGCAAGAAACAGGACGGGUUUGGAGGUGAUGAUGGAGACCUAUGCUCUCUGGAGGUCUCCGGUUCGGACGCUGGGGUUUCAGGACUUCACCGGCACGCCCAAGCAGCAGGGCAGGAGCACUGGCACCUCCCCCACCUCCUCUAGCGCAGGAACGCCGUCCCCCUCUGGCCCCGCCCACCUUCUCUCCCCCGCUGGCCCCGCCCACCUUCUCUCCCCCGCUGGCCCUGCCCACCUCCUCCCCCCCUCCUGCUCCCCACCCACUUUCCACCUCUCCCCCGGCGGCUUUGGUGUCGGCUGCAGGGAGAGCCCUCUGUGUGGCAUGAGCCUAUCGGAGUACUCGGCCUGUGCCCGUGGCCCCGCCCCCAGACUCGGCCACGCCCCUAGCCACGCCCCCGGCCACGCCCUCCCUGGUUACAGCGGCCUGACUGAUGCGUCCUACGCCCAGCGGCAGACAGGGGGCACUGCCCCGCCCCCCAACUCCUACCUGCCCCAGAGGACUUCUUCCCUGGUUGCCACGGCGAUGCAGGCGCCCUGCGUCACCAACAGUGCAGGCUGUAAAAUGGACGCCUGCGGCGGGCAGCUGGGGUCCUACCCCGCCUCACAGCUGCAUUACAUGAUGCAGGCGGGGGGUGGGGCUAACCCCAGCGGCUCCGCCCCCAGCCCCACCCAUGGCCCCUCCCCUGCGGGUCACAUGCUCAGCGCUAGCUGUCCCGCACAGCAGGGUCCGUAUGGAGGGUUCUCCCUGCACAGUCCCUGCAGCCUGUACGGCUACGCUUUCCCUGGCUCCCCCCGAGUCUCCGCCCCCCAGGCCCCGCCCCUCCCGCUGGGUCCUGGCGCUGGAUACGCUGAGAGCCAGUACCUGCCCCGGGGGAUGGACGCGGCCACACACAGGAGCGGUGGCGGUACCGGCGCUGGCCAGCAGGGGGCGAUGAGCAGUGAUGGGCGGCAGUAUGGGACGCCAUCCCACAUGCACAUGGUGUGAGUGCCGAGCCCCCCCACCCCCCGACCCCUCACACCCUCUACCCUGCAUACU